UAGGCUGGCACUCUGUCCUUGCAUCUAAACUUUAUCUGGCAGGAUGCCUGAGUUAAUCUCUGUCCAAGAGUUUAUCUCCCAGACCCAAGAGGAUCUGAGCUCUCCAACAACCUCUUCUUUUACCAGCCACAUGGGCAAAUGCAAGAGCACGGUGUGUAGUCUAGACGAGGCCUUGGAUUCAGAUCGAACUGUUCUGCAAAAAUUGAGGAAAGCAGUGAAAGCAGAACACACAACUGGGCAAGAUCUCAUUGGCCACUUAGAAGCUCAUAUUGCUGCCCAAGAGAAGUUUUCAGAAAAUUUUUGCAACAACAGCGAUGAGAAGUUGGCUGAAGGUUUUAUCACCUUUGCUUCAUUUUCACGGGAGCUGCUGGGAGCUGUCAAGAGCCUGUUGCUGAGUUUAUAUCACAACAUUCACUUUUCCUUGGACUCACUGAUCAAAGGAGAUUUCAAAGGGGACUUUAAAAAGCCCUUUGAGAAAGCCUGGAAGGACUAUGAGAGCAAACUUGCAAAGAUAGAGAAAGAAAAGCGGGAGCUGGCAAAACAGUAUGGAAUGGUGCGCACAGAGGUUGUGGGAGGAGAGAUUGCUGAGGAGAUGGAAAAAGAACGAAGGAUGUUCCAGUUACACAUGUGUGAGUAUCUAAUUAAAGUGAAUGAAAUUAAAACCAAGAAAGGAGUUGACUUGCUGCAGAACAACAUAAAUCACUGCAACUCCCAAUUCAAUUUUUUCCAGGCAUGUUUAAAGGCAACAGAGAAGCACAAACAAUUUAUUGAAAAUCUUAUUCCUGAGCUUCAAUGUAUGAAAGCAAAGCAGGAAGAGGAGAAGAAGCAGCUGUGCUCCCUUCGUGAUCAGCUGAAAGCAGCACUGCAGUUGGAGCCCAAAGAGAAUUCUAUUUGCAAACCAGUAAGGUACAGCAUGCAUCAGUUGCAAGGUAAUAAGCAAUAUGGCACAGAGAGAACUGGAAACCUCUUUAAGAAAAGUGAAGGGUUAAGAAAAGUCUGGCAGAAGAGAAAGUGUACAGUUCGGAAUGGCUAUUUGACCAUCUCACACAGCACACUGCAUCGUCCACCAGUCAAGCUGAAUUUGCUCACAUGCCAAGUGAAACCAAACAUGGAUGAUAAGAAAUGCUUUGAUCUUAUUUCACAUAACCGAACAUACCACUUCUUGGCUGAGGAUGAACAGGAAUGUACUAUAUGGAUCUCUGUCCUGAGCAAUAGUAAAGAAGAGGCCCUGAAUGUAGCAUUCAGACAAGCACAAGAUAAAGGAUGCAGCAUGGUGGAUUUGACUGGAGCUAUCAUUGAGGAGAUAAAGCGCAUGCCAGGGAAUAGCACAUGCUGUGACUGCUCAGCAUCAGAUCCAGCGUGGCUCUCCAUUAAUUUGGGAAUCCUCAUCUGUAUUGAAUGCUCUGGUAUUCACCGAGAAAUGGGUGUCCACCACUCCCGCAUCCAGUCACUAGCCUUGGAUAAGCUGGCAACCUCAGAGCUUUUGUUGGCUAAGAAUAUUGGGAAUUCACUAUUUAAUGAUAUUGUAGAAGCCAAUCUUCACAACUCAUCUCUAAAGCCUACUACUGACAGUCCCAUGACUCUUCGAAAGGAUUUCAUCAUAUCCAAGUACGUUGAUAGAAAGUUUGUUGCCCAGAGGAUCACUGGAAGCCCAGCUGCCAGGGCUAAGGACCUGCAGGAUGCUGUCAAAGAGAAAAAUAUAUAUGUCUUGCUUCAAGCAUAUGCUGAAAAGAUGAAUUUAAGUGAACCUCUUUUGGAGUUCAGCCAGGAACCUGGAGAGACACUUCUCCAUUUGGCAGUUUUAAUAUGUGACCAAACCUCUUUACACAUUGUAGAUUUUCUGGUACAGAACAGUGGUAGCCUGGUGAAACAAACAACCAAGGGAAAUACCCCACUUCAUUAUUGCAGUCUCCAUAAUAAACCUGAAGGCAUAAAACUCCUUUUGCGUGCCAAAGCCAACAUUGGAAUCACUAAUGAAGCUGGAGAGACAGCCCGAGAUAUUGCUAGGCGAAUGGAUCAUGGUGUGUGUGAGGAUCUGCUGGCUCAAAAUGAUCAAUUCAACAUGCGUGCUCAUGUGGAAUAUGACUGGCAUCUUGGUCAAGAGGACAUGUUUGAAAGUGAUGAUGAACUGGAUGAGAAGCUCAGUUCUGUGAGAAAGGAUCGUUUUCAUCGUCCUCAAAGCUGCUACAAUCUUCCUGGAACAGCAUCUCAGUCAUGGAAAAAUCCAGCAGACUUUUCAAAAGGAGCCAGUCCAGCAUCUCAUGACAAAUACCGUGACAUAUAUGCCAUACCACAUGCCUCUAGGUAUUCUGCAACAACAUCCUCUCCAGUUUCUCCCUCUACAGGUCCACCGCUGCCACCGCGCAACAUACCCAGAGCUCCUAAUUUCCCUCCUCCACUGCCCCCAUCCAGCCGGUCUGUUUUCUCUGAAGACACAACUGCUAGAAAGGUCCUGCCUCCACCUCUAACAAUUCGACAUAAGCGGACUUCCUCAGAGCCUUCCCCUUGGACACCAUUGGAUCACACUAGCCCAACUGAAGACUCCAAGUCUUUCUCCCUUCCAAGACGUUGCUCUCCAGAAGGAGCCUCUCCUAGGAGUUUGAGUUCUGGGUCUUCUGAAACCCCUGAGGCAGUGGAUUCCUGGCAGCCAGCUGCUUCGAACGAAGAGGACAUAUCUUUUGAGCCAAAUCAAUUCACAACAGAGAGUCAGUGGUCUUCUCCCCACACACCUGAAUCAUCGGAUGAUGUCCCACCACCACUACCAAAAAGGGGACAUUCAACUAAAUCUUGUCUGCGUCGUGUCAAAGCACUUUUUGACUGCCAGGCUGACCAUGAAGAUGAGUUAACCUUCCAGGCUGGAGAGAUCAUUGUAGUAGAUGGCCAGGAGGAUUCCAAUUGGUGGUGUGGCCGGAUUGAAGGACAGCCUGACAGGAAAGGUGUCUUCCCAGCAUCGUUUGUUUACAUACUGCAUGAGUAAAAGGCAGAGAAGAUGAAAUAAUAUACAUAGACUUCUUGAGACUUGAAACUUCUAUAAUGUACCCCUCACAUGUACUACUCUUCAGUUAACAGCCUGUAAGAUAGUGUGCUGGACCAGGAACUGAGCUCAUUGUUGCUGAAAUGUUAUCACAUGGUGCAAUCCACAUCCUGUUCAAAUCAUUGGUCAAAUAUCCACUGAUCUGAAUAGAAGAGAAUUGUACCAAAAGUGUGUUGCAUGCUGUCUGAUGAAUUCACUGGCCUCCUUCACUUACAUUAACAGCAACAUAGGAACUUUUUCUCUGUACUUUGAUCCCUCACUGCUGUGGUAUGUAUAUGAAUAUUAGAUGUAUAUCCAUGGGGCUAAUUACAUAUUGUGAUGGUUCUCAUCCAGUUUUGAUCCAGCUGUAAGGGUGGUCAGUUUCCCAGGUGGAAAGACCUCUUUGAUUGAACCAAUCUGUGUGGUUAUUUUUAUGCACACUCAAAGAAGCAUGGCAUUGAAUCACAGUUAAGCACAUAUGAAUGGGAUCCUAUUUCUCUCUAUGGAAAAGUGUACCCCUUUUCUCAUUACAUUACUCCUUUCACUGGACAGGAAGAUGGGUUGAACACAUCUUCAACAAUAUAUGCAAAGGGCAACAUUUUUACUUAGAACUAUGAGUGGAACGGACUAGAGACCUGUGAUUUUCACCUGCCUGCUGGUGACGUGGAUCACGUCCAACCAUCCUAUUCUGUGCCAGAGGGAGAAUAGGAAUGAAACAAGGUACAUGAUAAGAUAGUACCUGUUGAUCUUAUAGUUCCUGGUGACAGAAACAAGUGAGAACAUAGUAAAUACCUAGGAAUACAUAGCAUCUCCUCAGUUACCUCCCCUGUAUUCAUGAACAAUCUGACUUUGACAAACAUUGUUUCUGAAUUUCAAAAUAGAACCCAGCCAAUCCCUGAAGCAAAACCCAUCUCUUGUCUUCACAGCCAUGUCUGCUUCAGGCACUUAGGUAUUUUCUCGUUUUCCAGAAGAAUCCCCACCCUUCUGUGGGGAAAGAGGACUUCUUGUAACCAGAUGCUGGUGUGUAACACAUAGUUCAAAUAUCAGGAGAGGGAAAGUUCCACAGAAUCUAUUCCUUUUUCCUUUCCUCGCAAUGUAUCCAGUUCUGUAGUCAUUUAGACUAUCAUACAUACACCAACUAAAAGUGUUCUAAAUUUUCACCCAGAUUUAAAACUUUUAUUAUCUGGUAUUGUCUGACUUCUUAGCUUUGUUUUAGCCCCAGACACCACCGUAGGGCAGUUUUUAUACCAGUUGCUAUUCAGACCAGUAAAGCCCAUCUACCAAACAGAAAUAAGUACAUUUUAUCAAAUAAGACCUUAACAGUAUUUUGGGUAAUGGCAUUUAUAUUUACCUAGUUUUACUAGGAAUACCCCCUGUGCUGGUUACUUUAUAAGCAUAUGUGACUGGCCAAAUUCUCAAAUAUCUCUUUUUUUCCCUGGAUAAGAUUCUUGCACAUAAAAAAUAUUUUGUAACCCUAAACUGUGUGAUUAUGCUGUUCGUUUUCUAGUUCAUCCUAAAAAAAACCUUCUUUGGAUUAAAAAUGCUGCCCUAA